AUGGGUGGCACUCCCCCUACCACCGUGCCUUGCCCAUGUGCAAGAGCGAGCCGGUACUUCGAGCGCCACUUCCUCAACAAUAAGUUUGAAAUGAAGCUCUUUAAAAAAAAAAACCAAAUCAGCGUUGUUCUUGUCAGUGUGCCGUCACCUCCUCCCGUGGAGGAGGUGACGGCACCUCCGCCCGUGGAGGAGGUGACGGCACCUCCGCCCGUGGAGCACGGUCCUUUGGCCGGAAAGCUUCUCCCCAAGCGCCUCCUUUACCUGCAGGGUGUUGAACCCUGUCACAGGAGCAGUGCCCGGGCCUCCUACCAAACGACCUUCUACCACCGGGCCUUCUACCACCCGGCCUUCUACCACCCGGCCUUCUACCACCCGGCCUUCUACCACCCGGCCUUCUACCACCCGGCCUUCUACCACCCGGCCUUCUACCACCCGGCCUUCUACCACCCGGCCUUCUACCACCCGGCCUUCUACCACCCGGCCUUCUACCACCCGGCCUUCUACCACCCGGCCUUCUACCACCCGGCCUUCUACCACCCGGCCUUCUACCACCCGGCCUUCUACCAGGCUUCGUCGAAAUAG